CCGGGGAGAAGACGAUCGUUUGUACGAGCGGUCGCCGGCGAAACGUUUCCGAGCGGUUUUCGGUUAGCCGAGCGCGCGGCGUUGCGGACAACCGCGGCAGCGCACCGACAGAGCGCACCGUUGCGUCACGUCGAAAUCCCCGGCUCGGUACACGGUUAGGUUGAUCGCCCCGUGAUAACGGCACGAGAAGUGGUACCGCAGAACGGUGACGGUGAUAGUGCCGCCGAUACGUUUUUUCUUAUAUCAGUUCUUCGAUCAGUCUUGCGGUUCAAUCGGCCGGCUUUGGGUCUGUCGCACUGUACCGAAUGCUCACAACUCUUCGCACACGCACUGCUUUCGUACGGAUUCGGUUUUUUUUUUUUUUUUCAUUUAUUCAUUUUUUUUUCUCACCAUUUUUAUCUUCCUACGUCGAUACGAUACGAUAAUUUUUGCGAAUGUUCACAAACGGAUUUUGAAUCGUAUCGGUUUAGUGAACGAACGUGAUUCUGAUCUCCUUCUGACGAAACGAAACAUGUGGUAGUAUCAUGUUAUAACCGACACCGACGAAUUCGGUACGUUUUGAGUGCACACACAUUAAUGGUACUCUCACGGCGUACUCGUGGAUCUGUCUAACGUUAUUGUCUUCUUUGUUGUUGCCGGUUCAAACAUCGUAGAGUAGUUUCAAUACGUUUAGACGGUAAUACGGUUGUAUCAUGGCCAAUAAAAUGCGAUCGAAGAAUCCUCCCGAGAAGAAAACCUCUGUGGUGGUCAGCAAAGGGCCUCCGGACGGUGGUUGGGGCUGGUUCGUUGUGUUCGGAUCGUUCAUGAUUCACAUAGUCACUGAUGGAGUGACUUAUUCAUUUGGUGUUUUAUACACAGAAUUUUUAAAAGUAUUUCAAGAAAGUAAAGGAGCAACUGCAUGGAUUGCAUCCUUAUUAGUGGGAGUAACAUUGUGCUCAGGACCCGUUGCCAGUGUUUUUGUGAAUAAAUAUGGUUGUCGUUCGGUGACCAUCGCAGGAGCCAUAUUCGCAGGCUUUUGUUUGGUUGCCAGUAUGUUUGCCAAUUCUGUAAUAACUUUGUACAUAACCAUCGGAUUCGGAACAGGUUUGGGUUUCGGCAUGAUCUACCUGCCGGCCAUCGUGAGCGUCACGUGCUACUUCGAGAAAUAUCGAUCGUUGGCCACCGGCAUCGCGGUCUGCGGCUCCGGGCUGGGCACGUUCAUCUUCUCGCCGCUCGUCGACCACCUGAUCACCAACCACGGGUGGCGGGUGACCGUGGGAGUGAUCGCCGGUCUAGUGUUCAUGUGCACGCUGUUCGGCAUGCUGUUCCGGCCGCUGGGCACGGAGGAGCAACAGGUGUGCGGCGGCGGCGACAACACGUCCACCAUCAUACUGAACAUCGUCGAGCCGCCGGCCACGGAACGGCAACCGCUUAACGACGACGGUGGCGACGUGACACCAGCGGGCACCGGCACCGUCCGGUCGUGCGAGCAUUUGCCCAACUCGGACGACGAAGCGGACGACGAGUGGAAACGGCAGCGGCGGCGCGACAAGCAGGCCUCGUCGCCGUCGCCGCGCAACCAUCUGCUGCCCGGCAACGCGGACGCCGCCAACGCGUUCGGCAACGAGCUGGACAAGCAGUCGCGGUUCACCAUCAGUCAACCCGAACUGGUGGCCGCGUCGUCCGACAACACCAACCGCCAGCUCAACAACCACCAGCGGAACCAGGUGUGCUACGCCAGCCAGAACCUGAAGCCGUCGGUGCCCAACGGCAGCGGCAUCAUGUACCAGAAGGACAUAUUCUACAGCGGCAGCCUGGUCAACGUGAACAUGAACCGCAGAAGAACUAUAUCUCAAAUGACUAACAACAGUGUGCUUACCACCGAAAUGAACAACACUAAAGAAAAUGAUAAGUUUUCAGAUAAUAUUUGCUGCUCCGCCGACGCGAAGAACACGAUAAAGCACUUGUUGGAUUUCGCGUUACUCAAAGAUCCCGUGUUUAUACUAUAUACAGUUUCCAAUUUUUUGACAAGCAUAGGUUUUAACAUACCGUACUUAUACUUAGUACCUCAAGCGACUAUGAUGGGAAUACCGACAAAGCACUCGAGUUACUUACUGGCCUUACUUGGCAUCGCAAACACGUUGGGAAGAAUUGUACUAGGAUUCAUAUCUGACAAACCAUGGAUCAACAGGUUAUUGGUAUACAACAUGUGUUUGACAAUUUGCGGUGUAUCCACAUUAUUAAGCACCUUCUGUACCGGCAUACUCACGUUAUCUAUAUAUACAAUCGUUUUUGGUGCCACAAUUGGAGCGUACGUCGGUUUGACAUCAGUGAUCUUGGUGGACUUGUUGGGGCUUGACAAAUUGACAAAUGCUUUUGGAAUCUUAUUACUGUUUCAAGGCAUCGCUUCACUUGUAGGACCACCCAUUGCUGGAUGGCUGUUUGACGUACUGAAUUCUUACAACCCUGCCUUUUACUUAUCGGGUAUAAGCAUCACCUUUAGUGGUUUAAUGUUGUUCGUAAUACCGUGCGUCCAAAGGCAUUGUGAACGACUUGAGCACGAAAAAAUGACUGUAAUAGUUAACAAUUAAGACACUUACAUACACACACACACACACACAAUGUACUCCUAUACGAAUUGUUACGUAACGUUAUAUGGGAAAAUAUUUUUAAAAUAAUUAUUGACAUGAA